GUGUCUACGCCAAGCACAAUAUAGUGUUGGCUUACUUUAGGGUGGAUAAUGUUCCGCCACUACCAUUGCUUGACAACUGCACCCCGGAUUCUUCGCUCGGCACACCUACGGAACAACGUGUUCGCUUCCGGCAAUUAUAUUACGAGACAUAUGCAGAAGCAGUAAAACCAGGGAGUUCCAGCUACACAUGCGUAGCUUCCUUGCAAACUUCGGGGGAAUAUCUACGCGGAUCGCCUGUGCAUGCUCAGGCCUUGACAAGAGACAUGCAUAUGUUUGAUGCUGUUGACAUCUGUGUGGCUCGGGAGAAAAUGGUCAACGCGGAAAUGAAGGGGAGACGGUGGAAUUGGCGCCGAGCUACAAUGACCCUGCCAAAUAUUCGACAUAGCGAAAAGCCUAUAUGAGAUGCGGACAGUAUCGUUAGUCGAAGAUAUCCACAGCUGUUUCCGCUGGCGACUCAUCCAUCAUGUUUCUCCAAAGCGCGCUGCUGGCGACUUUUGCCUUCUCUUCCUCUGCACUAGCUGCCUUUGGUAUCACGACUUCUGGCGACAACAUCGUCGUGGAUGCGGGUUCCGACAAUGCGUUCACAAUCACGGUCAACAAGAAUUCCUGCGACAUCACCUCUAUCUCGUACCGGGGCGAAGAGUUCCAGUACCAGAGCACCGGUUCUCACAUCUCCUCUGGUCUUGGCUCCGCAACAGUUUCCAGCACAAUUGUCAACAGCCAGUAUGCGAAGAUCACCUGCACGACCUCGACUCUGACACAUUACAUUGUCGUCAGAUCCGGCGAUUCUACCAUUUGGAUGGCAACCAACACUGCAUCCGAGCCUAGUGUAGGAGAGCUGCGUUUCAUUGCGCGCCUCCAGCCGUCUAAGCUCCCCUUGGAAUACCCUUUCGGCUCCGUCUCAACGACCAGUGGAUCGUCCUCCACUGUCGAAGGCAGCGAUGUCUUCGUAGUCAACGGUCAAACUCGCUCCAAGUUCUACUCAAGCGAGCGCUUCAUCGACGACUACACCCACUGUGUCUACCGCGACAGCGACGCAAUCCAUGCAUGUAUGCUAUUGAACUCAUACUCGUACGAACGAAGCUCUGGCGGUCCGUUCUUCCGCGAUAUCAACUCGAACAACGCUGGUGACUCUACAAACCUCUACUUUUACAUGAACUCUGGCCAUGUUCAGACCGAGAACUACCGUAUGGGCCUGCACGGACCAUAUGGUCUCCAGUUCUCUCGCUCUGGCAUUCCAUCUGGCAAGACCAUGGACACCACUUUCUUCGCUGACCUUGGGAUCUCUGGAUAUGUGGCGCCCAGUGGCCGAGGCACUGUUACUGGCACUGCAACGGGUGGCACGAGUGGACUCCAAAAGGUCCUGCACUGGUACAACGCAAAUGAUCAAUACUGGGUAUAUGCCGAUUCUUCCGGCAAAUUCACUUCGCCUGCGAUGAAGCCUGGUACCUACACCCAGGUGUUCUACCAGGGUGAGUUCAAGCUCGCAUCAAGCUCAGUCUCUGUCAGUGCGGGAAAGGCCACGACGGCCAACAUCAGCGGCUCCCUCCCAUCGCAUACCACGCUCUUCAAGAUUGGAGAAUACGACGGACAGCCCACUGGGUUCAGGAACGCCGACAAAUUCCUCCGUAUGCACCCCUCCGAUACGCGCAUGUCCUCCUGGGGUCCUCUCACAUAUACUGUCGGCUCCAGCGCCCUCACCGACGUCCCCAUGGCGCUCUUUAAGACUGUGAAUACACCCCUCACCAUCAAGUUUACUCUCACAUCUGCGCAAGCAUCCGGCGCUGCCACUCUCCGCGUUGCUACCACCCUGUCCUUCGCAGGUGGUAGGCCGUCCGCUGUCAUCAAUUCUUACUCUCCCGCCACGCCUGCAGCGCCUACCAAGAUCGACUCACGUGGCGUGACGAGGGGUGCUUACCGUGGCUUUGGCGAGGUUUACGACUUUGCUAUUCCGUCUGGGAAUUUGGUCAGUGGCAGCAAUACUAUUACGAUUGAUGUGGUAAGCGGAAGCUCGGGGACUACGUUCCUCAACCCGAACGUUAUCCUGGACGCGAUAGAGCUGUACAGAUAGAGCUUGUGAGUGUGCUUGUGGAGUGGAGAUGCCCAUUCGCU